UACAUGUCAUUUUCCAAUGCAAUUGGAAAAAUGACAUAAUUAAAUGUUUUCGUUUGUCAAUGUCUGUGCGCGUAUCUUGACUAGUCUUUCUGCCUUUAUUAGACGCCAGAAUUGUCUAAUUGUGGACAUCCACAUCGAUGUAUUAUUAAGGAGAGGAGUAAUUGCCAUAAAAUGUGAAGGGGGAACAUUUUAAACUUGCUGCAGAGGUACCAAAGUUUUGAACAGAAUACUAUAUAUUUGUUUGUGUGAAUUUUAGCCCCUUCACGUUACAAAGAGUUAAAGUCCACGUGGUGCUCUAAACACUUUUCUCCAGUCUCUUUCUGUACAGUCUACAUAACGACAUUUUACGACAAAGCCGUGCAUGGAAUUUAUGUUCUCCCCAGUGAGAUACCGGUUGGAGAAACGCAGUAGCAAGAGAAUACAUAGAAGGGUUAGUAAUCGUUCCCAUACCUGUCCCCUCGUCCCGGAUAAGAAUCCGGCAUCUUCUCUGGUACACAUAAACCGAGCGGUUAGAUGUGGAAACAGGGCUGAGGAGAGAGCGACGCGAGGGAAGGCAACUAAAAAUUAUAACCCGGGUUGUGAAGUAAGUUGCCUCCUAAGCGGCGCUUUAAAAGGAAGCAAAAGAUAAUUGACCAAAACAACAGAGAAGAUGGACUAUGAUUUCAAAGUGAUGCUGACCGGGGAGAGAGAACGUGUAGAGGACCUGUUUGAAUAUGAGGGAUGCAAAGUGGGGAGAGGCACCUACGGCCAUGUAUAUAAAGCAAAGAGAAAAGAUGGGAAGGAUGAUAAGGACUACGCCCUCAAGCAGAUUGAAGGCACUGGCAUCUCCAUGUCUGCCUGCAGAGAGAUUGCACUACUGCGGGAGCUGAAGCAUCCUAAUGUGAUCUCACUGCAGAAGGUGUUCCUGUCACACGCAGACCGCAAAGUCUGGUUGCUCUUCGACUAUGCCGAGCAUGACCUCUGGCACAUCAUAAAGUUCCACAGAGCGUCCAAGGCCAAUAAGAAGCCCCUGCAGCUGCCCAGGGGGAUGGUCAAGUCCCUGCUUUACCAGAUCCUAGACGGCAUCCAUUACCUUCAUGCCAACUGGGUCCUACACAGAGACCUGAAACCUGCCAACAUCCUAGUGAUGGGGGAGGGGCCAGAGAGGGGUCGAGUAAAGAUCGCGGACAUGGGCUUUGCCCGCCUCUUUAACUCACCACUGAAGCCGUUAGCAGAUCUGGACCCUGUGGUGGUCACCUUCUGGUACAGAGCACCAGAGCUACUGCUAGGUGCCAGGCACUACACCAAAGCCAUCGACAUCUGGGCUAUUGGGUGCAUCUUUGCCGAGCUGUUGACAUCUGAGCCCAUCUUCCACUGUCGCCAAGAGGACAUCAAGACCAGUAACCCCUACCACCAUGACCAGCUGGACCGUAUCUUCAACGUCAUGGGCUUCCCUGCUGAGAAGGACUGGGAAGACAUCAAGAAGAUGCCCGAGCACUCCACUCUGAUGAAGGACUUCAGACGGAACACGUGUACAAACUUAAAUAACACCUUUUCUCACAGGUAUACAAACUGCAGCCUAAUAAAAUACAUGGAGAAACACAAAGUGAAACCAGACAGCAAAGCAUUCCACUUGCUCCAGAAGCUGCUGACCAUGGACCCGAUCCGCAGGAUCACGUCUGAGCAGGCCAUGCAGGACCCUUACUUCCUGGAGGAACCACUGCCCACCUCUGAUGUGUUUGCAGGCUGCCAGAUCCCCUACCCAAAGAGGGAGUUCCUGACAGAGGAGGAGCCAGAGGACAAGGCAGAGAAAGUCAGAAAUAAGAACCAGCAGCAGCAGGGGAACAACCACACCAAUGGGGCGGGGCACACUGGUAACCCUGACAAUAGCCAUGCCCAGGGCCCGCCCCUAAAGGUGCGAGUGAUCCCGCCAGUCACUACCUCAAGUGGCCUCAUGACCUCAGACUAUCAGCUCCAAUCCACAUGCUGCCUACCAGAACCCGGACCAAGCACAUCACUGCCCCAAAGCAGCAUUGGAUACUCCUCUACCUCCCAGCAGCCCCCGCAAAUGCUCACACCAGACCCACCGCUACUGACCCCUGACCUCUACCCACCUCGCCAUGCCCGCUAG